AUGGCCGAACUGCGGUCGUUCCUGUGCCCGAUCUCGUGUGAGAUCAUGCGCGACCCCGUGAUCGCGCGUGAUGGCCACUCGUACGAGCGGGCGCAGAUCACGCGCUGGUUCCAGUCGCACCGGCGGAGUCCCGUGACCAACGAAGAGCUGCCGUCCACGGAGCUCAUGCCCAACUACUCGCUCAAGCAAGCGAUCCUCGAGCACCAAGCAGCCACUGCGCCAUGCACGACGACCGUUGCGACGCAGCCGCCGUCGGCGCCACCGCUCGAUGCGCCGGGUCGUCGGUCGCCGACGAGCCAGCAGCCGACCUGCAUCACCUUUGUGUGCCGCUUCCGAGAGCCCAUCAACAUUUUCUGGGUCGACGAAGACGGCGUCGACGUCCCGUACAGCCGC